CUCCACCCCAGUGGCAUCCCCAGGUCUACACUGGGCUGCCACCAUAGCCCCCAUGGUAGCUGUCCUGCAAAGUGAGAACAGUCAGCAAACAGACUGCUGGGUCAGCAAAUAAAUCACAUCAUUUGGCAAUGUUUAGGAGACCCUGAUCUCCUGUGUACCUGGCACAAUUAUUGAUGCUUCCUUCUCCUAUUCAUGGGAUCUCUCAGGUGUGGUGGAGCUCAUCAGUCCCACACAUUCCUUUCUCCUCUCCAAAGCCUUCCCUCUACCUCUUCCAGAUUAUACUGGCCUUUGCUUUUUCAUCAAGCUCUCAGGAAGUCAUGGGCAUAUCCUAAACGCUGAGGUAUAAUGGAGAUUGUCAGUUCUUCAGGCUCCUUUCUCCCCAGCUUUCUCAUCUUCCUCUUCCUUGAAACAUACACAUUGGCCUCAGAGCAGUUCUCAGUGAUUGGACCAACAGAACCCAUCCGGGCCCAGGUAGGGGGAGAAGCAGCCCUACCAUGUCACCUUUCUCCCCAGAAGAAUGCUCAGCACAUGAAAAUAAUUUGGUUCCAAUCACUAGAAAUAGUGCAUCAAUAUGAAGAUGGGGAAGAUAAGUUUCAAGAUCAAAGCCCUGAUUACCAAGGGAGGACAGAGCUGGUGAGAGAUGCCAUCACUACUGGAAAUGUCACCCUGAGGAUAUGGAACAUUACAGCCUCCGACAAAGGAUGGUACAAAUGUCAUUUUGACAGUGGUUCUCAUCAAGAAGAAGCUGAUGUGAAGCUAUAUGUCUCAGGUGAGAGAGAUGGGCAACAGAUGCAACCAUGGUUGAGCAUCUUCACUGGAAUCAUUAUUGCAGACUGGGUACUGUCAUUUAUCUUUUUUGAGGUUUUCAUCCUACGAGACAGAGAACGCGUUCUCCAGGUCCUUCCCUGGCCAUGGGAGAUAAAUGGGAUCCUGGCUGUGACUUCAGCAUUGGAAAUUGACCUUGCCAUUUGUUAUCUGUGGGUGUUACACAGAUGUGGAGGACUUGUUUACACAGAGAAGUGGAACUGGAUAGACGUGCUCAUUUGGAUAAUCUUCCUGGUCUAUGUUGUGCUCUCCACUGUUGAACUUGGGAUUGAACUCCUAUUUGUCAUCUGCCUAUUUCUGCUAUAUAUGACCACUCCCUCCUCCUCCUGGGCCACUGAAAAGAUGGAUGGGACAUAUCAUGCAGUAUCAUGAAUGUGCUGACUCUACCACUGAAGUGUAACUCUGUUGGGAACUUGUUAACCCUCUGCCGUUGAGUCACAAGAGGAUUCCUUGAUUUACAGAAGAGGUUCUUUAUCACCUUUGCUUAUCUCUGGUGGAGAGUGAGCCUGAGGAAGUUUGCCCUCUACUGUGUGUCUUUCCACCUCAAGUCUCUCCACACUCAAAUCUGUCCUCCACACAGCCAUCAAAGUGUUCUUCCUAAAAUUCAGUGGCCAAUGACAUUGGCCUUCUUCCUGUUUCUCACAAAAAAAACCACUCUAUUUCCCAACUCUCUGUCUCCCAUGCCCUGAUUCCUCACCUCCAUCUCCUAGCUUCCCUGACUUUCUUCUAGCCAUACCCCAAAGUUCAUUUUCUGCCUUUCCUAGUCCUUCCACCCAUCCCCCAACUGCUAGUGUUUACCCUCUGAGAUUAUCCUGUAUAUAUCUUAUAUCUAAACUUUUUUGUAUAUUGUCUCCCCCAUUAGAAUGUGAGCUCCUUGAGGACAAGGACAGUGUUCUCUCAGAAGGAUCUGUUGGUACAGUAGAUAGAGUGCUGGGCCUGGAGUCAGAAGGCUUGAGUUCAAAUCUUGUCUCAGAUACUUACUAGAUAUGUGGUCUUGGGUGAGUUACUCAACUCUGUUUCUCUCCAUUUCCUCAUAUGUAAAAUAAACUGGAAAAGGAAAUGGCAAAUCACUCCAGUAUCUUUGCCAAGAAAACCUCAUAUGGGGUCACAAAGAGCUGGACAUGACUGAAAUGACUGAA